UGCGCUUCGGAUGUUGGCGGGUUGAUGAGGCGCUCCAUCGCUUCCUUUUGUCUGGGGUACAGGUCUCGUGGAAAAAGCUGGAAGCUGAGAAGCCCGGUGACCAUUUCAGUGUUAGUGAGCCGUCGACGCCUAUUACGCUUCGUUAAGAUUUACUGUUAAAUUAGAUGACCGAACUUUAAUAGUAACGUCGCUUUUAAAUCGUUUCUCCAAGCUGACGUUGGCACGGAACCUGCUAGAUCUACUGACCCCUCCCAGCCGAAUAUGAGCCAGCCUUCAGAGCCCCCUAAAGAAGCAGCAGACCCCCGGACAGAGGGCAAACUGGCGUCGGCAGGCAAGAAACAGAACAAGAAGAAGGUGGAGGAGGUGGUUGAGGAAGAAGAUGAAGAAUAUGUGGUGGAGAAAGUUCUGGACCGGCGGGUGGUGAAGGGAAGAGUGGAGUACCUCCUUAAAUGGAAGGGCUUUUCUGAUGAGGACAAUACUUGGGAGCCAGAAGACAACCUCGACUGCCCUGACCUGAUUGCAGAGUUCCUGCAGUCCCAGAAGACGGCCCACGAGAAAGAGAAAAAGGAAACUGGGGGCAAGAGAAAGACUACGGAGUCGGACACGGAGGUAGCAGGGGAGGAGAGUCGACCCAAGAAGAGGAAAGAGGAGCCAGAGAAGCCCAGGGGCUUUGCUCGAGGGCUUGAGCCUGAGCGCAUCAUAGGUGCUACGGACUCCAGUGGAGAGCUCAUGUUCCUCAUGAAGUGGAAGAACUCUGAUGAGGCAGACCUGGUACCUGCAAAGGAGGCCAACGUGAAGUGCCCACAGGUGGUCAUCUCCUUCUACGAGGAACGGCUAACAUGGCACUCGUAUCCAACCGAGGAGGAAGAGAAGAAAGAGGACAAAAACUAACUGCGGCUUUCAUUUCUGGGGGAGGGGGGGUGGGUUGUGGAUCCAGGGAAGCUCAUCACUUUUGUUACCAUCUUGCUUUCUACAAACCGUGACUUGCAGUGGCCUUUGAGACAUAACACCGGAGAAAGGUUUUUGAUGAGGGGAGAAGUGUUGGGCCGAAAGAGACUGUUAAGGAGUGUGAAGCAGUGCAGUAUUCCUUUCCGGGCUAUGAGCUCUGUGGUCAUGGUGAUCAGAGUGGUCACUGAACCAUCCAGUAAAGGCUCCUCUUGUCAUCAGAAGUCAUAUUGAGUUUAAAAUAUCCACAGAUUUUAAGAUUCCCAGCACUCUGUCCUGUCAGAAUAUUUUACCAAUUGUUGGAUCAUGUCUGAUAUAAUGAAAUAUUUAAUUUUAUUUUUUUUUUUUUAACUUUAGGUUUUUUGCUAAUCAAAAUCAAGAAGCAGCUUGAAAUUUGUGGUGUUGCAUAUAUAUUCAGUUGUAGAUGGCCUGAUUUUCAGAGUUAAGUAAAUGAGGAAGGGCGAUGGUGCUGAUGUUGGCACCAGGUCUCCAAUGUAUGGGGCAAGUCUCAAGGGUUCAGUUACCAGACUUCAUUUAUCUCAGAUUGGCCGUCAUAUCUAUUUUGGAGCCUAUGAUUUCGCUUUCCUCAAGUGGAGGUCAAAUUUGGGUAAUGUAUUGGACUUUGAAAUUUGUACUAGAUGAAAUGUUGCAAUGUGUCUCUAUACCCACAUUCCAUGGCCUGUUUACAGUACUCUGGGUAAACCUGACACCAUGACAGUAACCACUGAGGCUCUUGGUUAUGGAAAAAGGAAUACUGCAUUCCCUCUGACUCUUUACAUUAUAUUAUUCCUCUGUCCAGUUGAGACUGUGUUCUUUUGUUGGCCUAAGAGAAAGUGGGAUUAUAAUGAGGUUAGGGUGAAGGAUACCCAAGUACAUUUAAACAAAUCAGUGUGAAAUGUGUGUGUUAAGUGUCAAACUGAAUUUCAAGCAGAUUGAGGUGAUCUGUUGACUGAAGAUCUGUCUCCCGAAGGAGCCAGCAGUUGAACUCGGUGUAAUUCUUAAAUGGGCCGAAUAUUUUAACAAGAGGGAUAUAUUUUCGUCUCUUGAAUUGUCCUUGGAACAGAUUUCUGCAUUGACUUUGCUGUAAGUAUUGGUAUCAACAAUGGUUUUUGUUUAUUUUACAGUAUACACCAUAAAUGGUAGACAAACAUUUCUUGCAUGUCGGUAUGUGUUUGUCCAGUGUGACUUUUACCUACGUUUUUGAAGAAUAAACCGUUCAUUUGUGAUAAAGUUUCAUUGUCCAAGUUUUGCUCUUUCUUUAGACGACCCCCCAAUGGCAAUUUAUAUGAUGUGCAAUAGCAAAACUGUAACCCUGUCUACUUUGUUAUAAACAGGUCUUGAUCAGUUUUAUCUUUUAAUCAACAGCAGUUUGAAAACUUAAUAGCUACUAAUAUGGAUGCAAGUGCCAAAUUUUUCCCCUUGCAGGUUUUAUGGAGAAAUGCCAUUUUUAACUUGCAAAUUUAACAUGUUUCCCGCUAGGUGUUGAGACAAUGUUAAUUAUUGGUACACAGUGACUUUAGCACAGGAGUUGACUUGCGGUUGUGUACUUCAUGGCAUUCACGAUUUUGUCCUUACAGCUGUAACGUGCUAAGUUGUGAAAAGUGAAAUUUUCUGGAACCCAGUUGCCAUAUGAGCAUGUUUGCUUUUAAUUAUUAAAAUGAA